CUAGGACCCAGAGGAGCGCUGCAGUAGCAGGGAGACCCGGCAUCAUGGCGGAUCAAAACAACACAGACGAUAAAGGGAAGUUCUACAGUGAAAUUUUAAGUCCGUCGGAGCUGUUCGCAGCUCGCUCCCGCAGUCACAAAAUCCCCGUCAGAGGACAGAAGGACUUCUUCCCCGAUGACUCCGACGAGCAGAAGCAGCGACUCGAGCAGAGCCUGAAUGAACACUGGAGCCUCGUCUCAGAGGAGAGAGUGGAGAGGCUGGGAAACCUCGUGAAGGGCGAAUGGAUUCCCAGCGAGCAGAUUGUGGAGCUUCAGUCUCCGGCUGGGAAGUUCUGGCAGACAAUGGGCUUUUCCGCAAACGGGAAGCAGUGCCUGCUCCCCGAGGAGGCUCUGUACCUGAUGGAGUGUGGAAACCUGCAGGUGUUUUAUCAGGACCUGCCCCUCUCCAUCCAGGACGGGUACGAGAAGUUUCUGUCGGUGAACACUGUGAGCCUUCAGCAAUAUCAGGUGUUUGGGCAUUUGAAGAGGCUCGGCUAUGUGGUGCUCAGGUUUGAUCCCAGUUCUGAGUCGUCGUCCUAUGCGAGGCAGCUCAACCUGCCGCAGUCACGUGAUCGAGCAGGGAGGACGCUGAAGAGGAAACGCAGCCUCAGCCCCACCCCUUCCUCCACCCCCACUGCGACGUGCAGCCGUGCUGAAGCUCAAGAGGAAUGCUCCACUGAGAAGAUGGAGGAGGAUAAAUGCAAUGAAGGCGAGGAAGAUAAAAAGCUUCCGGAGCCUCCGGAGGCCCAGAGUUCAGCAGACGAGGGCGGGGGCAGGAGCUGGUGGAUGACGGAUGUUCUCGGGGACUCGGACCAAGAUUCAGGUCAUGGCUCCAAAUCUGUCUCCUCGUGCUGGGACUUCAGCUCCAUCUCUUUCCCUGACCUGGGCUCCACCUCCAGGGAGCACUUCCCCGGUGGCCUGGCCCCUCCAGACCCCUCUCUGCUGCCCGGGGAUUUGAAGGUGGGCUUCUGUGACGUUGGCGCCUGGAGGCAGAAAAUAAACUUGCGGCAGGUGAAGAUGUCAGCCAAUGAGCAGAAGAAGGAAAAAUACAGGCGGCGGUGGGACGUCAACAAAAACAGAGAGGUACGGCGGUGCAGAAACUGGGCGGAGUAUCAGGAGCUGAUGGCGAGGCGGAAGGGUAAGCGGGAAGGUCGACCAGCACACCUGUGGAACAGGGAAGUUACUCCGUUACAUGACCCGACACAGCCAAUCGCCACAGGAGAACUUCUGGAAAAAAUCAGCGUGAUUAAACCGACUCAUUUGCUGGAGGGAGCGUCCAGGUUAAAAGAUGCGGAUGAUUGGAGGAUUUGUUUCAAUGUUUACCAGCCCGACACGGUGGCCGACUUCAAGAAGAGCAACCCGGGGAAACCGUACUCACGCAUGUGUGUGUGCAGUUUCCAUGAUCCCGUGCCCGACCUGCGAGCCAUCAAGCUGCUGGCCUAUCAGAGUGGAGAUAUCCCAGUGGUCAUAGCUGUGGUGGACUAUGGAGACAUAUCCUUCUACACGUUCAAAGACUUCCAGCUCCCGACUGAUGUUUACCCCUAAGAGCCCCCCCACCCCCACCCACCCGGGACUUUUUAAUAAACCUCUGUUUGCUGGACUGGCUGCAUUUUAUGUGAUUUAUGGUGGAAAGAUGGUUUUAGUAAAAACAAACAAACAAAAAUAACUGUGUUCUGACAGUGUUUGCAUACAAUUUGGCUCCAGUUUACCUCUAAAGGCAAUUUUAUUAAUCAUCUUGACUCAUAGGUCCUUUAUGAUGAUGAAAACAAGGGAUCAGGAAACUUUGUCCACAUUAUGGAUACCAGGAUCUCACCUGGUACCUUCCCUCUGGGGCAGGGUUUUUUGAGAGCCCCUGGUGGGCUCCUCAGUGGGCUGUCGGCUUUCUCACCCGACGGCACGUACACGGCAUCAGAGCUGGAAGCCCACAGCUCACAGAUUCUGAUGUGGCGGGUCCGCGCUUUGUGUUUACGGGUUUUUUGCGCUAGAUUCUGAAGCUGCAGGUUUCAUCUCUCUCCAACCGAAACGGACUGAACCAGCAGCAAAAGAAGA